UUUUCUUCUUUCGAAAAAAUGGACGUCGAAGAAUUUCGAAUUCGUGGCAAAGAAAUGGUCGAAUAUAUAUGCGAUUUUAUGAAUAACAUUCAUAAAAGAAGAGUAACACCAGAUAUUGGUCCUGGAUACUUGAAACCGUUGUUACCUUCAGAACCACCUCAACAGCCUGAAGCGUGGGAAGAUAUUAUGAAGGAUGUUGAAUCUAAAAUUAUGCCUGGAAUCACACUCUGGCAACAUCCAAGAUUUCACGCAUACUUCCCAGCAGGAAAUUCUUUUCCAUCGAUUCUUGGUGACAUGUUAUCAGAUGCGAUUGGAUGUAUCGGUUUUUCUUGGGCUUCCAGUCCAGCUUGCACGGAAUUAGAAACAAUAGUUUGUGAUUGGUUCGGUAAGGCCAUUGGGUUGCCAAAAGAUUUCCUCUAUUUUAGCGAGGGUAGUAAAGGUGGAGGUGUCAUACAGGGUUCUGCUUCGGAAUGCAUUUUGGUAUGCAUGUUAGCUGCAAGAGCUCAAGCUAUUGCAAGAUUAAAAGAAUCGCCAGGUCAUACACAUUUAGAUGAGACUGUAUUAUUAGGAAAAUUAAUGGCCUAUUGCAGUAGAGAAAGUCAUAGUUCUGUUGAAAAAGAUGCUAUGAUUUCCUUUGUUAAAUUAAGAAUCCUAGAACCUGAUGAAAAGAGCGUACUACGUGGUGAAACAUUAAGACAGGCUAUCGAAGCUGAUCUAGCAGAAGGUUUGGUUCCCUUUUUUGUUUCUACAACCCUUGGCACCACUGCUUGUUGUUCCUUUGACAAUUUGAAAGAAAUUGGACCGAUUUGUAAAAAAUAUCCUGGAAUUUGGUUACACGUUGAUGCAGCAUAUGCAGGGAACGCUUUCAUCUGUCCAGAAUUAAAAUAUUUAAUGGCUGGAAUCGAAUAUGCAGAUUCAUUUAACACCAAUACAAAUAAAUUCUUAUUAACUAACUUUGAUUGUUCUUGUCUUUGGGUAAAAGACAGAUUCAAAUUAACAAGUGCACUAGUUGUUGAUCCGCUUUAUCUUCAGCAUACGCAUGCUGAUACUGCGAUAGAUUACAGACAUUGGAGUAUACCAUUAAGUAGACGAUUUCGUUCAUUAAAACUAUGGUUUGUUAUGAGAAACUAUGGUAUAUCAGGGUUACAAGCAUACGUUCGCAAUCAUUGUCAACUUGCAAAGAGAUUUGAAGCCUUGGUGAGGAAGGACUCAAGAUUUGAGAUAUGCAAUGACGUUGUGUUAGGUCUAGUAUGUUUCCGUGCUAAAGGUUCCGAUAAACUUAAUCAAAAACUUCUGAGUAGUAUUAACGAUUCAGGAAAGAUACACAUGGUACCGGCACGUGUUAAUCAACGUUAUACAAUUCGCUUUGCUCUUGCUGCACCAAAUGCAUCUGCCGAUGACAUUGAUAUAGCUUGGUCCAUUAUAACAGACUACUUGGCAGAAUUGCUAGAAUCUAAGGUACAAAAUAAAAAUGAAAUUAUUGAUUAUUUAAUUACAUCGUCUUGAUUUUGAAAUCAUGUCAA